AUGGUUGUCUUAUUUCCUGUCACCGACGCCCAAGCAAAGUCCUCUUCAGCCAGUAAUGUUACGACCUACAACCCUGUCUAUGAAACUUGCCCGGCUUCAGAUAAUUUAAUCCGUCGUACUGGUACCCCACAAGCAGGUAACCAAACGCUGAAUACAGAUGAAGUAGAAUAUAUCAAUUCUCGACAGAAGAUCGUCCAGACGAGUCUGCGCUCAUGGCUAGGCGACUCUUUAAGUACCGUCUAUAGUGGUAAUUUCGACGCGCUUUCAGCGACAGACAUGCCCAACUUCGGUAUUGCGAUGUCUGGAGGCAAUCUUCGUGCUGCCCUUUUCAACGCCGCUGCAUUAAAUGCCUUCGAUGACCGGAACGAGACCAGUGUGGCGAGAGGACUCGGCGGCCUGCUCCAAUCAUCGACUUAUAUGACGGCGCUAUCGGGGGGCUCCUACGUUUCAACAAGUCUAAUUUUCAACGAAUUCCCGACGCUGCCUAAUUUGGUAUUUGGCAAUGAGACCGCUGGAAUCCCUGGUUGGCAGCUCGUGGAGGACAUGUUCGAACCAGGUCCAUCUGGAGCGUAUGAGGAUACGUUUAUAGGGCAUCUUAUGGAUGAUUUGGGAGAUAAGCGAUUUGCUGGAGACUUUCCCGUGACGUUCUGUGAUCUUUGGGGGCGUGCGCUUUCGUAUCAUUUCAUGCCUGGCACCGCGGGUACAGCAUCUUUUGCGUCUAAUACAACUGUUGGAAACCAUGCCGCUGCCAUUUCAUACUCGUCCAUGACGCAACUGGAAUCAUGGAAGACUCAUGCGCUUCCCUUCCCUGUGGUGCUGAUUAAUGUCAACUCACCCAAUGCUCCCGGUGUCCCAUUUGGCGAUACCGGUGCUGUACCUCUCACCACCGUUGUCUAUGAACUGACUCCAUUUGAGUUUGGUUCGUAUGAGCCACAGUUGGCUGCGUUCGUAUCACUCUCGUACCUUGGCUCUACGUUCAGCGAUGGUAUGCAGGAGAAAUGCGUUAAUUCCUUCGACAACGCAGGACUGAUGAUCGGCACAUCUUCCUGCGACUUUCACAUUUACAACUACACGCAUAAUCCCAUCUGGAAUGAGGAGUUUGUUCCAUUGAUCGAUAUAAUUGAUGGGAGUUACGGGAAACUUCAGCCAGGUCAAGAAAUGGACGUAAUGAGCGUUGCGAACCCGUUUUACAAGAUGAACGUAGGCACGUACCAAGAUUGGAAUGAGACAGCACUGAGUUUGCUUGAUGGAUCUUUGGACGUCGAGAACGACCCGAUACUUCCGCUUCUCGUGAAGAAGCGGAAUGUGGAUGCUAUUGUCAUCCUUGACUCGUCUGGUGAGACAGCUUAUGACAAACCGAGCGGGUUGUCGCUCAUGGCGACACAGGAGAAGGCUGCUAUAUUGCCGUCAGGAACAAUUAACUUCCCGACGCCAUUCCCGGCCUCUACGAAUGAGUUCAUGUCCCUGGGACUGAACGAGCGGCCGGUAUUUUUCGGCUGCGACGGCGCGAACAACACCAAUGAUGAUUACCCAGUGUUUGUGUACAUUCCGAACGAUGACCCUACGGGCAUGACGAACAUCAGUACCGCAACGCUGCAGAUUUCGGUCGCAAAUCAAACGGACAUAUUCGACAAUGGCUACCUCCUCGCCACGCGUGGUUAUGCGGGUAUCAAUAACACGAAUCUGGAACAGCACGACGCCGAGUGGAGCACUUGUGUCGCCUGCGCGCUGUUCGAGCGGAUGCGGGUGAGGCAGGGUGCAGCGCGGACGAGUGCGUGCAACACUUGCUUCUCGAGGUAUUGCUACAUAGGACAGAAUAUGUCGAGCGCACCUUAUUCAAGUACAUUGUCGUCGUCUUAUUCCUCACCAACGUCGUCUUCCGCAUCCUCAGAUCUCUCCGUUCACGACUCCUCUGAUGCGGUGUCCAGUGCCAGCCCGUCGUCCUCAUCUUCACCUGCAGACUACGAUGCGCUUGUCCGGAACGAGUACAUAAUUAUGGGUCUGCUUGUUGGCAUCGUGGUUCUGUUGCUUGCUAUUGGCGGGAUGGUCAUCCGCAGGGCAAAGGCCGCUAGAUCAGGGUAUAAAGUAGUCGGUGGUGCGUACUGA